AACCAAUCGCAUAAGACCACGAUCGCAAUGGCGGCGUGGCUGGAUAGUUUUGUGUUGUCGGGUGGUUAGAUCGGUUUAUCGGUACGACCGCCGUUGAUUUUCUUAUUUAUAACGUCGCACGUCGUGCUCGGUGGACCGAUUAUUUCCUCCAGUCAUGUACGGCUUCCUGUUAAUGGUAUUGUUGGAUUUUACCCUUGAUGUAGUCGGCAGCGUUUCUCAAUUAGAGAUUAAUAAACAUCUGGAGCUCGGCAGGGAAUUUCUGGCGAAGGGCCACUUGCAGGAUGCACUAUCACAUUAUCAUGCAGCUGUCGAGGGAGAUCCAACCAACUACUUGACGUACUACAAGAGAGGCACAGUUUACUUAGCAUUAGGUAAAGCUAAGUUUGCUCUCCUCGACCUUGAGAAGGUUCUGGAGUUGAAGGCAGACUUCACACCAGCAAGAGUGCAACGUGGUAACAUUUUACUUAAGCAAGGCAACUUUGAUAAAGCUGAAAUUGAUUUCCAAGAUGUGCUGUUUGUAGAACCAAAUAACAAGGACGCCUUGUAUGCCUUAGAUAGAUUAUAUCCGACUAGGGAAGAUAUGAAAUUAGUCGAUGAAUAUCUAUAUAAUGGUGAUCAUGCAUCGGCUGUGCAACAGAUCACUCGAAUUCUCGAAGUGUGUCCGUGGUCCUCUAGCCUUAGAGAAUUUAGAGCGGAAAUGCAUGUUGCUCUCGGAGAUUACAUGAGCGCUAUAUCCGACAUACGCUCAACUACAAAAUUGUUAUCUGAUAAUACAAAGGGAUUCUUCAAGCUCUCGACAUGGCUCUAUCGCCUUGGGCAGGUUGAUGAGGCACUAAGGGAGAUUCGGGAAUGUUUGAAGCUCGAUCCAGACCAUAAGCAAUGUUUCCCAUUUUACAAGAAGAUUCGGAAGAUCAAUAAGUUGUUGCAAGACGCGGAGACGGCAUUGGAGGAUACGAAGGAUUAUGAGGCGUGUGUCGAUUCAGGCCGUCGCGUACUGACACAAGAGCCGAAUGAGCAGAACGUGCGAUUUUUGGCUUUUCAAUAUCUUUGUAAAUGUUACGCGGCGACCUCUGAGACAACAAACGCGAUCGACAAUUGUCAGGAGGCGUUGAAGAUCAGGAGAGAACCAGGUGCUAUUUGCGACAGCGCGGAGGCGUAUCUCGCCGCGGAGAUGUUUGACGAUGCCAUCAGGGAAUUCAAAGAUGCGUUGGAGAUUGAUCCGAACCUACAAAGGGCCAAGCAGGGAUUGCAAAAAGCGCAACAACGACAGAAACAGUCGGAAUCGCGGGACUACUAUAAAAUCCUAGGUGUGCCGAGAACGGCGAACAAGCGCGACAUCAUCAAAGCGUAUCGGAAAGCGGCGCAGAAGUGGCAUCCUGACAAUUUCCAGGAGGGCGACGAGAAGAAGCGCGCGCAGAAGAAGUUCAUCGAUAUCGCUGCUGCCAAAGAAGUCCUCACGGACGACGAGAAGAGGGCGAAGUUCGAUCAGGGCGAGGAUCCGCUGGAUCCGGAGUCGGGCCGGCACCAGCAAGGCUUCAAUCCCUUUCAGGAGUUCCAUCACUUCCACGGUUCUCCCUUCCAGUUUAAAUUCCACUUCAAUUAAGCGCGUCGCGCGACUCGCGAUAGAGCAAUUACCAUUCUUGGAUCUUAAACGCUUCGGACGCGACGGCAUCUUCACUUCAUCUUAGCCCGAAUUUGAUUUCGCUACCUCGUCGGUGGAGACCGCGCGUGUUUAAUUCUGCUAGAUGAAUUUGGGAGAUUUUUUCGUAUAUAUGCGAAGUUAUUGACGAAAUUGGCAAGUGCAGACCAGUGGCCAUUUCGCGACACGCCGGGCAACGCGAUUUGUCUCGGCGUGUGUAUAAGAUGCGAAGAUAGAUUUUGAUUGCCCGCUAGUUCUCGUUCACUGCGAAAGAUAUAAUAUACAGUACUCUAGUACAUGCAUACAGACUGAAAACUGAAUAUCAUCUAUUUCGAUUCACGUAAACGUUCAUCACGUGUAAUAUAUUAUUGUCGCACACUAUCGAUAUCGUACACCGCUGUUAAUAACAAGUCGACUGUUCCACGUGCUGCAGUACAAACGGAAAGGGAUGUACAGUGAUCACACACUGCCACUGAUCGCUUUUCAGGGGGCAUUCAUUUUGUAGCUCGAGAACAAUUGCGACAAUUAGAUAACUCGAAUAACUUCGGAGAAACGUUAUGCGUUUAUCGGGUACGAAUAUAAUUCAGUCGGUAUUUAUAUCGUUGUCAUAUUCGCGCGUGGUAUUCGUACUCGGUAAUGUCCUAAAGUCUACAUGAUAUGUAGGAUAAUGCUGUGCGCUUGUCAUGUCUGCAUGAGUGUGAGUCGGACCUUCAUACGUGUAAAUACUGUAUCUCUCUGAUAUUUGUUUAAAAAUAUAUUUGAAUAAUUUAUACAGAUA